CGGGCGGAGGCGGCGGGGCCGCCUACCAGCACCAUGCACCCGGCCAACAGGAGCUUCCCCCAGGACCAGGAGCCUCUGAUCGAGGAGCCCUCUUUGAACAGACCCGGCCAGCAAAAGCCCGGCGACCACUUCCAUGGGGCCUACGUGAUUUUUUUCCUCCUGGGCGUCGGGUCCUUGCUACCCUGGAAUUUUUUCAUCACGGCGAAGCAUUAUUGGGUGUACAAGCUGCAGAACUGCUCGGACCGGGCAGGGCCGGCGGGGCAAGGGGAGGCUGAGCUGCGGGACUUCUUUGAGAGUUACGUCUCCAUCGCUUCGACUGUGCCCUCGGUGCUGUGCCUGAUUGGAAACUUCCUGCUUGUCAACAGGGUGCCCGCCAGCGUCCGGAUCCUCACCUCCCUCUUUCUCAUGCUGGCUGUCUUCCUGGUGAUCACAAUGCUGGUGAAGGUCGACACCUCCACCUGGACCACCCCCUUCUUUGCCCUCACCAUGGGCUGCGUGGUGGUUGUCAGCAGCGCCUCGACCAUCUUCACCAGCAGCAUCUUCGGGCUGAGCAGCCGCUUCCCCAUGAGGAACCUGCAGGCUCUCAUCUCGGGCCAGGCCAUGGGUGGCACCAUCAGUGCUGUUGCCUCCCUGAUAGACCUGGCAGCAGCGGCCGAUGUCACCGACAGCGCCCUGGCCUAUUUCCUCACCGCUGACAUCUUCAUCGUCGUCUGCAUCAUGGUCUACCUCCUUCUUCCCAGGCUGGAGUACUCCAGGUUUUACUUGAGCAGCCAGAAGGAGAGCCCAUCUCUGGCCACCGUGCCACCUGACAGCUCUGCGGAGGACGAGGCAGAGCCAGGAGACAGCACAGAUCCCUCCUUCCUCCCAAAAAGCACCAGCAUCCCCCCUCUCCGCCCCAUCCUGCAGAAGACUGCCCUCCUCGGCUUCUGCCUCUUCUACGUCUUCUUCAUCUCCAUCAUCAUCUUCCCUUCUCUCUCCUCCAACAUUGAGUCAGUCAGCAAGUCCUCAGGAAGCCCGUGGAGCACCAAGUACUUUGCACCUCUCACCAGUUUCCUCCUCUAUAACUUUGCUGACUGGUGCGGGAGGCAAGCGACUGCCUGGAUCCAGGUGCCCGGCCCCAAGAGCAAGCUGCUGCCCAUCCUCGUCCUCCUCAGGACCAUCUUCCUCCCCCUCUUCAUCCUCAGCAACUACCAACCCCGGGCUCACCUUCAGAUGGUGGCCUUCAACCGAGACGUCUACCCGGUGGUCUUCACCACCCUGCUGGGGCUGAGCAAUGGCUACCUGGGGACACUGGUCAUGGUCUAUGGCCCCAAGAUUGUGCCAAAGGAGCUGGCUGAGGCAGCAGGGGUGGUGAUGACAUUUUACCUCAUGCUGGGCUUGGCAGUGGGGUCUGCUUGCUCCGUUCUCAUUGUCCACCUUGUUUAGAGGAGCAGCCGGGGGGGGAAGAUGCCCUCAGUUUACUGUGCUGGGUAUUUAGGGGUUGUUUUUCCCCCCCCCCAAAAAAAAAGCCAGGCACGCUGUGGUUUUGGGGCAAGCUGCCUGCCUUGUGGGGUGUGGGGGGAGGGAGUUAUAUCCGAAGGGAAAGUCCUCCUUCUGGGAAGGGGUGUCCCCUGUGCUUGGCAGGUCCUGAUGGACCUUUGUCACUCGCCGGCUGGACCGGAGCUAAGGGACCAAGAAAGAAAGCCAAGUCCUCCCCAGGGAGCUCAGGGAAGCACCAGGAAAGGUGUCCCUCACUCCAGUGCCAGAGGGCACGGGUGGCUUGCUGGUGUCACCACACUGGUUUGAAAAGGAAACUGGGGCUUUUGAUGGCACCUUGGGGUCUGCUCCCUCGGCGUUAGGAGUUGUAGUGUUUUGGUGGUCUCAGGAAGGGACCCCUCCUGCCUCAAGCUGUGCUGGUGACAUGGAGCUCAAGGGGGAUUUGAGCCCUGGAGCACCUUCCUGCAAGGUUCAGGAGGUGACAGGAGCCGUGCCAGGGAGCAGGGCACUGGUUUUGGGGGGGAUUUCAUACAUUCAUGCCACUAAAAAGGGAAACUUCUCCACUUGGACCUCUGCUCGUUUUCAUGUUUCCGAAGAGGAGUGAAGGGGGGGGUAUCAUCCAGCCCCCAGCACGGUGCUGCUAGUGCCAGAGCUAUGUGUUGUGGCCAACCUGAGAGCAUUUUGCCCUUCUGUGACCAUGGUGUGAUGGUUGUGGACACCAACUUACCUGUCUGCUGCUGAACCUCGGGGAGAGCAAAACGCUCAGAGGUCCUAACCUGAGGUGCCUUCAAUCUGGGUUGAGAAAGAGGCCUCUCAGAGCCAGGGAGAGGUAUCAGAGAGGCUCUGGUGGGAUGUUCACAGCAGAAGGCUCAUUCAUUUAGGGUAGACAGGCAGCAUAUGGUCUCCAGAUGCUCUCAGAGGGGUGAGCUGCUGCGCCACCCAAAGAGAUGGGCCACCCAAAAGGGACCAGCUUUAAAAGUCACUUCAAACUUCCAGAUGCAAGUGCCAUUCUCGUAUUUAUCUACACAAAUUGGGUGGAUUUCUGGCCUCAGGAGGGGUGACCCGGCAAGCGAGGAUGCAAUGGCAUCACUUGGCAUUGCAGCUGCUGCCUCAGGGAUGCCAUCUGGAGAAAAAAAAAUCCUUUAAGACUGGGUCAUUAGUGGGUCCUUUAUUGGUGGGAUGCCCUCCUGACAUCUCCUGCUUGGCUGAGCAGCAGGGAAGCUGCUGCUCUGGGUUGCCAGGAGGUCUCCUUGCUGCUCUGGAUGUGGUGGGGAGGACACAGGGCUGGUGUCCUGGCUUUCCUGGCUUUUUCCACCCUGGCUUUGCUGGGGGGGGAGGUCACCAGAGGGUGUUGCCAUGGGGUGACACGUGGGCUUGGUGGGCCUUCUUUGCUUCUACAAACCCUUCCCAGUGUCCCGUUUGGGCUCGUUGGCAAGACACACACAGUUGGGCUUUAUGGCUGAUUUUUAUUUAGACAUAAAAUCCAGGCAUGAGGGAGGAGCUCUGAAUCCUGUUCCUCAGGUAGGUUUGUAGCCCUUCAGCCCCUGAUGCUUGGCCAGGGAACCACUUUGGCCAGCGUUGGCCCAGGUGAAGGUCCACCUCAUCUUGAAGGUGCUGGAGGGCUAAUAAAGUUAAUUCUUGAUCCUGUGCAA